AUGAGUUCCGGCUUUCGUUUCUCCGCAACUUCGGAACCCUUCACACCGAUCGAGACUCGGCCGUCUACACCUAAACCCCCUGCUCACGCAGAUCCGAUUGCGGUAGAAAGACUACAGAAUGAGCUUCUUGAGACAUCCUUCCAAGUCAAUUCACUCACUGGGAACCUGCGUGAAUGUCAAGAGGACUUACGGGCUAAAUCUGCCGAGAACAAACGGCUACGUAGCUACAUCCACACACUCGAGGUCCUAAAUUCACGCCAACCUCCUGCUCUGGUUUCUCUACAAGCGUCUAUUCCUUCCGCGCCCCCUCCUUCUUCCCUUGUUUCUCCGGGACGAGUAGCGACAAAUGGGACCAUGAAACCCGAUAGCUUCUUCAAGGAGGAGUUUGGAAUGCUGUUUCGUGAAAUCCAUAACUUUGGGAAGGGCUUCUACAAGUUCGCAACGGAUGUCGACAUACCAUCGGAGCUGGCGGGGACGGUGAAGGAUAUUGUGGGUGACGAGAGGAUGCUGCGGGAUACCCACACAAAGCUGUUGAUUGUGGCAGGGAUCGUGAUGCGAUUUGUCUGUUUGGAAGUAUUCAGAGAUGGCGGGGUUCUGGAAAGUAGGGAGGAGCAAACAGGUGAGAUUGACAAACUUCAAUUUUGGUAUGGGAGAAUUAUUAACAGUUACCCAGCUUCUCCAACAGCCUCGGAAAAAUAUAGCACCAAAUCCGCCGCCCUCGCAACGAAGAUUCAUACAUUUAUCCUACCACUCAUGUCCCGCCCUGGAGACCAGAAACACUGUGAGGAGUCGUUCCGUCUGUUGGAGGCGCUCAUCUCGCAUGCUUUCCGCAUUGGUGUUGAUAGAGACAAUUGGCGGUUCUCCUUCCCAAGUCGUGGAGCACGCUUCGUAAAUGCUACAAUGGUACCAUGUGAUACGAGGAACCUGGGCUUUUCGGGUGAGCAGGAGAGGGAUAAUGGGACUCUCGAGAACGAGAGGAGAUGUGUCCUUUUUUGUGUGUUGCCGUGCAUAGAGAAAAGGGGCGCAAAAGGAUGGGGUGUUGUUGUGAAGGCGAGCGUGAGAGUGUAA